UGGUGUUUUGAAUCGUGGGUGAUCGCUCUGUGCAAUAAACUGUCUGGAUAGCUUUCUGUACCCCCUGCUUGGGUUUCGAGAUUGACGAUGAAGCUUCAGUGUGAGGUGGAAGUUAUCAAUCGGAUCCUGCCAACCUUUGGAAUGAGAAAUCGAGGCAAGGCAGCGAGAGCAGUGCUGUCCAUCGGGAGACAUCUGGACAAGACGACCAAGAUACAGAACAUAUAUCUCAUGAUCUGCACCUUAAAGGACAAAGCGGGCUGCAAGUACAAACUGAAAGAGAACAUAGAACAGUUUUUCACCAGAUUUGUGGAACAGGGAAAGGCCACAAUAAGACUGAAGGAACCAGCGGUAGACGUCUGUCUCAGUAAGGCGGAUGCCAACAACUUGAAGAACUUCCUCUCUGCUGCCAGGCUGGCUCACAGAGGGAGUGAAGUCGACGCGUUACCCUUGACUGCUCUGGCUCCCGCCCGGACCCGCGAUGUGGAGAAACCCAAGAGCAAGAUGAGCAUCACCUCCAAGAAGGAUUACCCGCUCACGUCCUGCUUCCCCUACUCCCUGGAGCAGCUGCAGGUGUCCUACUGCAGGCUGUCCCGGGUGGACAUGCGCAUGCUGACCCUGAGGAAACUGAGGAAGCUGGACCUGAGCAACAACCACAUCAAGAAGCUGCCAGCCACCAUCGGGGACCUGUGCUGCCUCGCCGAGCUCGUUCUGCACAACAACCACCUGGAGACCUUCAGCACCGCCCUGUGCCAGUCCACUCUGCAGCACUCCCUGCAGUACCUGGACCUCGGCCAGAACAAACUCCGAGCCCUUCCCAUUCAGUUCUGCCAGCUCCGGGAACUCGUGCAUCUGAAGGUGGACGACAAUGAGAUGCUCCGUCUGCCGGUCAAGAUCGGGCAGCUCAGUAAACUGCGCUUCCUCUCCGCAGCCCGCAACCAGCUGCCCUACCUGCCCACCGACUUCCGCAGGCUGUCGCUGGAGAACCUGGACCUUUUUGGGAACCCUUUUAAGCAGCCCAAUCCCCUGGACCACACUAUUCAGUUAAAAUUCCCCUUGACUUUGCUGGAGAUGGCUUCACGGACAGCAGUCAACUACAGAAUACCGUACAGCCCUCAGCUCAUUCCUGCACACUUGUGCCAAGACCUGGAUGUUUCCAAAACCUGCGACUGUGGAAACGCUUGUCUAAACUUCUACAUCCAGACCACCGUCAGCAUGAACCUGCACCACGUGUCCCACACCGUCAUCCUGGUGGACAACAUGGGAGGCACAGAAGCCCCCGUCCUCUGCUAUUUCUGCUCCCUGACUUGCUACUCUGAAUUCCUUGACAAAUGCUUGCAGCGCAGCAGGUGA